AUAUUUUGGGGAUCGGCGGCAUCGAGCUGCUUGGGCUCUGCGUACAGUCUUUCCGCAGGAACAAUGGUACAGAUCGAGGGCAACGAUUUUCUGGUGGUGUCUCGGCCGGUGACGAAUGCCAAGAUUCGGCUGGUUUGCUUCCCGCACAGCGGUGGCGGUCCCUCUGCAUUUGCAGCCUGGGCAGACAUCUUGGAG